GUCUUUACCACCUGACGAAACAUGGUGAAAUGAAAGUAAAAUCCGACGUGUCUGUUGAUAGCUAAUAUUAGGACUCGGGAACGCUCCUUUUACUCACACCACAACACCCAAGGAACGUCAAGGCUUCCAAACAGAAACUGUUAUUUAGAUAUUAUGAUGCGUAAUAGACUAUGGGGAUCCAAUCUCGGCCUGCUCCUACUGGCCUGUCAGGUUUUCCAGCUGGGAAUCGACAACAUCCCACAUGUCACUCUUGCAACGCUGGGUCUGAAUGUCUAUUUGUUCCUGUUUCCUGCCAAACCCCUCCUACAGACGUGUUUGAGUGUUCGAGAGGCGUACUGGUACAGAGAUUGGAGUCGUCUACUGCUGUCACCGUUUCACCAUGUUGACGACAUGCACUUAUACUUCAACAUGGCCUCUCUCCUUUGGAAGGGCAUCAAGCUGGAGAGGAAGCUGGGGGGCGCCUGGUUUGCGUAUCUGCUGUCUGUCUUCUCUCUGCUCACCGGAUUGGUCUACCUGCUCCUGGAGACAGGACUGACACACAUGACAGAAGACUCGUCAUAUAGUUUACAGUGUGCAGUGGGCUUCUCGGGUGUUCUGUUUGGGCUGAAGGUGGUGAAUAAUCAUUAUCAUCCAGGAGGGGCCACGUACUUCAUGGAGCUGCACAUUGCUAAUCGCUAUGCCUGCUGGGUAGAGUUGGUCCUCAUCCAUUUCAUGAACCCUGGGACGUCAUUUGUUGGACACCUGGCUGGGAUUCUGGUCGGUCUGCUCUACACGACUGGACCACUAAAGAGACUCAUGAAAACCUGUGCAGGCUUUGUGACAUCUAAUGGGCAUUAUGGAGGGCAACAAACAUACUAUAACUCAUCAGGAUACAGUGGAUAUGGCAUGCCAUAUCCUCCAAACCCCCAUUAUGGACAGCAGUCAUUUUUUCGCAGGCAGUAUGGCGCCCCCUACAGGGAGCCAUAUGACACAGCAAUGCCCUCUGCACCAUCCCAGCAUCCCUAUACAGCAGGACUGUCAGAAGAGGAACAGUAUGCAGCAGCUGUCAGAGCCAGCCUGAACGACAGAGGUAGUCAUACUCAUGGCACAUAUACCCAGUCUAACCCAACUCCUGAAGAGAUCCGCUGGCGACGACUUCAGAGAUUUAACAGCUGAACAAUUGGAGAAUGUGGCACAUAAUGAUAAUACUAAUAGAUUGGUCACAUCAAAGAGAGCACUAAACAACCGAUUCAAGCUAGCGGAGAGGAUUCUUCCACUGCUGACUGAUUGUGUCAUUGAAUAGCUUUUAUGAUGUCUUCAAUGGGAGGUUUCAAAGGCUGUUGGCUGUAUUUCUAAUUGCACAUGUUUGUAAGUAUGCACAUUUGUUUUUGCUGUAAAUGCUAAUCUCUUUACUUUAAUGUUAAAAAUUGAACAUUAAUGAAUUGAAUAUCCAUGACACAUGGUUGUGGAUGUGCUUUUCUGCAGUGUGUUGAAUGUACAGUAAGAUGAUUUUGUCAGCAUGCCAGUAAGUCUUACUAAGUGUAUGUAAAAUCUCUCAAGCUUAUAGCACUUGAUUAUUUCCAAACAACAUUUCUUCCUAAGUAACUUAUACUUUGUUUCUUAAAGGGGUCAUAUGAUGCGAUUUCAAGUUUUCCUU